CUGACCGGGGCCGCGCCGGCCGGGCCCGCCAUGGGGAACACCGCCUCGUGCUGCGUGUCGUCCAGCCCCAAGCUCCGCCGGAAUGCCCACUCGCGGCUGGAGUCCUGCCGGCCGGACGCCGAGCUGAGCCGCGAGGACACGGGCUGCAACCUGCAGCACAUCAGCGACCGAGAGAACAUCGACGAUUUGAACAUGGAAUUCAACCCUUCAGACCACCCUCGGGCCAGCACAAUAUUCCUCAGUAAAUCUCAGACGGAUGUGAGAGAAAAACGGAAGAGUCUCUUCAUCAACCACCACCCUCCAGGACAGACGGCGAGGAAGUGCAGCUCCUGCUCCACCAUCUUUCUGGACGACAGCACAGUCAGCCGGCCGGACCUCAAGUGCACAGUCAAGUGUGUAGCUCUCGCAAUAUAUUACCACAUCAAAAACAGGGACCCAGAUGGACGGAUGCUCUUGGAUAUUUUCGAUGAAAACCUUCACCCUCUUUCGAAAUCCGAAGUGCCACCAGAUUACGACAAACACAACCCCGAGCAGAAGCAGAUUUACCGGUUUGUUCGGACACUGUUCAGCGCUGCCCAGCUGACUGCGGAGUGUGCCAUAGUUACCCUGGUUUACCUCGAGAGGCUUCUGACCUAUGCAGAAAUCGACAUCUGUCCAGCCAACUGGAAGCGGAUUGUCCUGGGGGCCAUCCUGCUGGCCUCAAAGGUGUGGGAUGACCAGGCAGUGUGGAACGUGGACUACUGCCAGAUCCUCAAGGACAUCACGGUGGAGGACAUGAAUGAGCUGGAGCGGCAGUUCCUCGAGUUGCUCCAGUUCAACAUCAACGUCCCCUCCAGCGUUUAUGCCAAGUAUUACUUUGACCUUCGUUCUCUGGCCGAAGCCAACAACCUGAGCUUCCCCUUGGAGCCCCUGAGCCGGGAGAGGGCCCACAAGCUGGAGGCCAUCUCUCGCCUGUGUGAGGACAAGUACAAGGACCUGCGGAGGCCCACAAGGAAGCGGUCAGCGAGUGCUGACAAUCUGACUCUGCCCCGGUGGUCCCCGGCCAUCAUCUCCUAACCGUGGGCGUCCGCGCUGGAGGCCGUGCCAUCCCGCAGCUUCUCCUCUAGUUGGAGCAGAGACAGACCUGGGGUGGCUGGUGUGGCUUCUCCUUUCGGCUCCUUUGUGAGGUCCUUGUGCCGCCAGGCUGCCUUGAUGACCGCCUCCGCGCGCCCCGGGGUCCCCAGCGGCCGGGGCCGGCACCGGCACCUCCUUGCGGAGCAGAGACUCUGACCCUGGAGGAGGGACUGGGGCGUCGCACGGAGGCAGGGAGAGGGGCUUGGCCGCUUUUCAGCCCCGAGUUCGAGGGCGAGGUCCGCGGUAGGCGGAGGCGGGAAGGCCCGCGGAGAGGACCAGGUUGAAUGCGCAUUAAAGGCGAGCGCCGGUCACCACCCGGACCAGUACGUCCUGAGAUGUCUUGCAUUCCUUCUUGCUGCUUCUCGAGGUGUGGGGGGAUCUUUGUUCGUGUUAUCCUGUCUGGCUUUCGGGCCCACAGAGCAGAAAGCAUGGUUUGUACCAACCAGGCACAGACACGAAUAAAUAGCGCCGGCUUGUUCUCUGCGCGCCCGCCCCGCGCGCUGUCUGCUGAGCUUUCUUCUGCCCCGGGAGCGCUCGCGCGGCCUGCGCACCUUCGCUGUGGGACCGGACCCCCUCCGCCCCCGCCCCCCGGAGCGGUCAGACCCGCGGGCCGCUGCGCUCCCCCCCCCCGCCCUGCCCAGCCCGCCCCUGCGCCCCCACGCCCGCCGUGCAAGCAAUAGUCCCCCAAUUUUUAUAUGUUUACUUUAAAUCAGAGUUAGUCUAUUUGUAUAACAUUUUUUAAAAAUCUGAAAUUAAAAAAAAUGGGUUGGGGGCGGGUAUCCAGGGAAAGGUCAUUGAAGGGAAAGAUGCCCGUGUUUCCCGAGGUAUUUUUCACAGAACGAUUGAAUAAAAACUCAACUUGCAUUUGCAUCGUGGGUGCUUAGCGCAGUCACGGAAUUCUUCCAUUAUGCCUGCCCCCGGUUUCCUUUUAGGUGAGGCUUUUCUACCCAGUGACGUUAAAGGGUUGGUGGUGGAGUUUCCCGUCAAGUCUCUGAGUCCGGGUCUCACACACUCGGCGUUUUGCAUGUUUCCUCGGGUCACAGUGACAGGUUCCUUAGGUUUCCCUCCGUGGAGUCUCGCGGGUGAAUGGCGCUGAUGACCGGUGUCUCCUCCCUCCUGUGGAGCUGGAGAACUUGGCGUCCUACUCCCUCGUGUGUGCCCGAGCGCGUACCCUGCUCCCCACAGACGUGCAGUGUUGGUGGAGAGCUCGGAAGGUUGAAACCCGGGAACACCAAGCCACGUACUGGUCAGAGUCCCAUGUUGUACCACGUGUCAACCGUUUGGGCCAGAAAUACCGUCAGGUUCCUCCUGGCUUAAACUCUGAAAGGCAAACAAGCAGAAUAUGGAGAGUUGAUCGCGUUUCCAUUGUAAUCGUGUUGACAUCCUCUGUGUGGGUUCCAAAAUCAGCUGCUCUCUUCAAGUGGGAGUUGGAUUUAGAACUUAAAUGGAGAUCAAAAAUGUAGAAAGUAUCAUUUUAUAUUCCCUUAUCUAUAGAGCUUAAAAAGGGACAUAUUUUCUUAGCUGAAUAUGAAUACCUCUCAGACAUGAGUUAGUUCCUCCCAUGUAAAGUAGCUUACUUCACCGACCCAUUUCAGGAAAAAGGUUCUGCUGCCUUUAAGCAGAAAUCUUAUUUUUAUCCCUUUUAUUUGAAUGAGAGAGAUUUGAAAAUUGAAUUAUGUAAAUAUUUCAAUGCAUCUGCUAUUAUUUUGUGGAGUUUAUUAAACUACUUUAAAAAAUUGUAUAGUCUAUUUAUUGUACGGAUGUACACACAGUCUGAUGACUUAAAAUUUAAAGUGGACCCCAGAAAACCUGACUCAGCCUUGUGUGGACUGCUGAGUAUUGUUUAGCCUUGCGCGCUGGACUCUACCUCUGUAUAGGAGAACUUUCCGAAUUUGUCAGUGAGCAGUGAUCUGUGUUGACUGUGUUUCUUGCGCUGAGUAUUUUAAAACUCUGCUGUAAGUGUAGUUUUCAGUUUUACUUUUGCAUUAUGAAUCCCUCAACACAAAGGUAGACACUUUAGGUUUGUUUUUUUUUUUAUUUUUCUACAUGAUGAUGAAAACUUAACAUUUUGGUCUCUGGUUUGUUCUAAGUUUGCUGAAAAACAAAAACCAAAAAACAACAAAAACAAACAAACAAAAAAAAACAACAAUGACCCAGUGCAGUACCAGUGAUAAAUCUCCUGAUGUAAUUUGUCUGCAAGAUGAUCCAUGCCCUGCGGUUAAAGCUGGAUUGCUCUUUAGGAAUACAUUGUCUUAGUGUAGUUUUUGAAUGGACAGUUUUCAUCAUUAAUGAAGGACGAAGAAAACCACACAAUUUAUUGACUUUGAUUUUAGAUUUGACUUCAAAUGCAAAUAAAGUCAUUGGGAGAGUAAGAACACAUCCCGAUGAACUCC